GAGAGAAAAAAAACUCAUCAGCUACUAAAUCAUUCAACAUCGGCGACCUCUUACGGUUGUCUUCAACCUCUUAUCCGCACGACAACACCGAAAAUCCGAAGGUACAGCAACGGAGGCAAGAAGUACAACCAUACUCGUCGGAAAAAGCAAACGCCAAAAUCUUUUGCUAAGAAAAUACCCACACCACAGAAUCUGAACCAAUUUUUUCGCGGGGAAAAGGAAUUAAAAUCUUCAAUUGCCCAAAAAAGGAAUAAAAAAAAGUUCGCAGUUCACAAAAGAAGCUCAGUUUAUAACAGAGAAAUGAGAAGGAAGUUGUUCAACAAUGGCGGAGCUGAGUUUGAAAACGUUGCAAACCCAAUAGUUUAUAUACUGAGUCAACUC